AUGGAUCUUAACCGCGCUACUCGCGCAGCUCCUGCGCAUUCCAAGUCUGCCCCUGAUCCCCAUGGCAUUUCUUACCUCCAGAAGCUGGCCGUCUUGGAAGACCCUGAUUUCCUUGAGCGCUGUGUUGAGGUUGGCAUGGAACUGCUUGCACAAGUGAAGGCUGGACUCGAGGAGCCUCUCCCAGCUGGCGAUACCAGCGCCCCCGAGUGGUUGCGAAAGAUUGAGAGAUGCCAGCAGGAGUACCAAGCCCCUCGGACCAUCAUCGGUGUUGUUGGAAACACGGGAGCUGGAAAGAGCUCAGUCAUAAAUGCAGUGCUUGACGAGGAGAGGCUGCUGCCCACAAGCGGGCUCAGAGCUUGCACCGCCUGCGCUACCGAGAUCUCAUAUAACUCCUCAGACGAUCCGAACCAGCUAUAUCGCGCAGAGAUCGAGUUCAUAUCCGCUGAAGACUGGCUCAAUGAACUGCGGGACCUUCUUGCCGAUCUCAAGGACGGUAACAGGAUUUCGGCGCACUGUAACGACCCUGAGACCGCUGCUGGGAUUGCUUACGCAAAGAUCAAGGCUGUCUAUCAUGACAUGACAAAGGCACAGCUUUCUGCGACGACUCCAGAAGAGCUUGCAGGUGAUCCGCGUGUUAGUGGUGUCUUGGACUACGUGAAGCAUCUCAACGAGGGUUCUUCUAAGGCUCUAUAUCGAAACCUUCAGUACUAUGUGGACAGCAAAGAGAAGGAUGAUGAACCUCGGAUGGAGUACUGGCCAUUGGUCAAGGUCGUUCGCAUUUACACCAAGGCGCAAGCUCUCAAGACAGGCGCUGUUUUAGUGGAUUUGGACCUUCACGCGGAUAUAAAGCAACUGACGGCAGAAAUCAAGGAGUCGAAUUUUGAUAUCAAGGCAGCUUGCUUGAAAGGCAGGAAUGAAUACUCGAGAGCAGAAGUCAAGCGGUUGUUCGCUGCCUGUAUUAGACAGCAAGAUGAAGAUACGGCUGCGAGAGGUAAUGGAUUUCAUCUCAACCCCAAUGAGCCCCCUCGAGACUACGGCGAGAUUGAAUUGGCUUUACCUGUUUUCUGCACCCUGUACAGCGCUGCGGACAUCUGCGUCAAGAGCAUGAAGGAUUCUUUGAAAGAAGAUAUCUUCAACCUUUAUGAGAGAGCCGUAGCUUCGGCUGCCGAGAAAUCCCUGCAGACGGUCGCGACAUGGGCAGAUUUGCAAUAUCAUACCUAUAAGGCGAUCUGCCGCCACGAUGGUCGCUACAGAAACUCCAGAGCAUCACACAACUUCAACUUUGACCUUGCGGAGCCUAUCUACAAUUACAUUGGUACGGGAUGGGAGAAGGCAUUUCGGGCUAGCUUGCCCGCAUCAUUCGCGCGCUUCAUGAACACCGCUGAAAUGGCCAUCACCCAAUUUCAUGAGCACACGGUUGAGAUCUCUCGCAUCCGCAUGAGCAAUCCCGAUGAUUUCGCAUUCCUUCAGCAACGUCUUGAAACCUCUCUCGAGGAGCUCAGGUUCAGCUUCGAGGAGGUCCUGGCGCGUUAG